GCAGAUGGCAGAUCCUAGUGUACGCACCCGCCGCCUGGACCGCCUCCUUUAUUGUUCCGCGCUCCUGUUCCACUCUCCAUAAAUCGUCGCUGCUCCUGUUCCGCUCUCGCACUCUCAUCCAAGUUGCUCAAAAGCAUACCAUGGCUGCUGUGGCGACGUCAUCCGCCCCAUACCGUACUAUGUACACCUCCGCCAGCACAUCCAUGCUAAACGCGCCAACAUAUACGUCCCCAUCACCAGCGACGAAGGCACAGUUCGCCUUUGCUAGAAUCAAAGGAGGGGUGUACCUUGUCCAAGUACCCGAACCCGCGCAGGGCGACGUAUCAUCCGCGCUUGUGGCGUCCGACGUGCACAUCUUCCGACACGAGUUCAUCACACAGUUCCGCUUCUCGCACUCGACGUCCCUGCAUCCGGCGGAUCUCCACAUUCUCGAGCCCAUCGAUGAGCAACACACAUUAUAUGAGGAGGAGAAGGGCGUCGUCUUCCUUGCGCGAGACCUAAUGGCGCGUCUGCAAAAGCUUACGCUCGACUCGCAGCGCUGCUUCCGCCGGCCACGGGUCGCAGGGCAAGUGUCCCGUUCGCACUGAGUCCAGGUCAGGUCGGGUCCACACAUUGCGUUGAGGGAGUGGAGCAUGAGCCAAAAGCCUCGCAGUAUGUGUGUCAUCGCUGCCACUGCGUUACUUAUGCGACCUUACCUUUCCCGGCGAGGAAGUAUGCCAUCACGUCACCGCUGUAUCAUACUACACAUAUAUCCUGCCCUGCAGUUGACCACUAAUACCAUACCCAAAUGUAUGUAACGAUAUCCCACAUAUUACAUUCCCUUCUGUCAUAGGAAUAGGACGGUCUAUGUCGUGCUAAGGAUACGAAGCUCCCUCGCCUGUAGUCAAAUUCAGCGGACAAGUAAAUUUUCCAGGUUGACUUCACAAUUCAACGGGAUUUGCAC